AUGCGAGGUAGCUCAACUCCUAGCCGAGGAGGAUUUGUUCCGCCAUCAUUUCGUGGUACCCGUGGAUUUCCGCCAGCUCGCGGGGGUGCGUACCCACCUUUCCGAGGUGGAUACUCAAAUACCACAACUACCUCUUCCUCCUCUUCGUCGUCCUCCACCUAUCCCGGUUAUGGUAGCUAUACAUCUCAACAAACAACGCCUGUUGUGGACCAGGCAACUAGAUUGAAGAAACUUGCCAACUGCGAAGACGAUGAAGAGCUUUGGGUUGAAGCUGAGUCGCCCGAGGGAAAGCCGUACUUCUACCAUUGGCAAACGCGCGAAACUGUUUGGGAUCGCCCAGAGAAGUCAAAAGUGGUCGGGCAAACUGAACUGGCGGAGUUAAUUCAGAAGGCGAGUGAGGAGGAACGGAAAGAACGUGAAGGUUCAAGAAUUGCUCGAUCUUCUGGUAUUAUUGUCUGUUGUGUGGAAGCUCGUGCAAAACUUGAUCAUCCACGUGAUCGCUCAUGCGCAGCAUCACAAAAGUCCUCACAGCACUCUUUCUUUGCCAUUAGGAUCCAAUACAAAUGUUGUAUCAUCGAAAUAUUCGACUGUACUUAUAUGGGUGACUCGGUAGGAGUUUCAGGAUGCAGAGGAGAAACAGGUUAG